CCUCGCGACUCCGGCGUCCAGCAGCCUGUAACGCGGCCGCCCAUUGGCUCGGCUGCGUACUGCUCGGCCGCGGAGCUUCCAAAGGCCUUAAGGAUUGGCUGGAGCUCCGGGCGCCGCGGCCAGUUGGCGGGCCCUCCCCGCCCCCACUCCCGCCCCGAGCUCAGUCGCUCAAAAAUUGAAUUUGGGGCAGGAGGGGCGUGCUGGAGCGCAGCUGUCCCGGGAGCCUGCGGCCGCGGCGACCACUGCACGCUGCGCAAGAGCCCAGAGACCAUGGAGGAUGCGAGCAGGACCUUCGGGAAAGGAAGCCUCCCCCCGGGGCCGGUCCCAGAGGGCCUGAUCCGCAUCUACAGCAUGAGGUUCUGCCCCUACGCGCACAGGACGCGCCUUGUCCUCCGGGCCAAAGGCAUCAGACAUGAAGUUAUCAACAUUAACCUGAGAAACAAGCCUGAAUGGUACUAUACGAAGCACCCUUUUGGCCAAAUUCCUGUCCUGGAGAACAGCAAAUGUCAGUUGAUCUACGAAUCUGUCAUCGCUUGCGAAUACCUGGAUGAUGCUUAUCCUGGAAGAAAGCUGUAUCCAUAUGAUCCUUAUGAGCGGGCUCGCCAAAAGAUGUUAUUGGAGUUAUUCUAUAAGGUCCCACAUUUGACCAAGGAGUGUCUGGUAGCAUUGAGAUGCGGGAGAGAAUGCACUGAUCUGAAGCUAGCCCUGCGUCAGGAAUUCUGCAACCUUGAAGAGAUUCUUGGCUAUCAGAACACCGUCUUCUUUGGUGGAGACUGUAUAUCCAUGAUUGAUUACCUCUUUUGGCCCUGGUUUGAGCGGCUGGAAGUGUAUGGAAUCGCCGACUGUUUGAACCACACGCCAGCACUUCGGCUCUGGACAGCAGCCAUGAAGCAGGACCCCACAGUGUGCGCUCUUCUCAUAGAUAAGAGCGUUUUCUCGGGCUUCUUGAAUCUUUAUUUUCAGAACAACCCUGAUGCCUUUGACUAUGGGCUAAUUUGCUGAGCCUCAAUCCACUCCUUCACCAUCCAGAGUUCCCAAGCAUGUCGUGCCUCUGCAUCAGGAAUUGUUUUGGUGGUCAGUCAAUCUCUGUUCAUUUUCUUUGAGAUUCCCAAUAAACAUGGAGACAGAAAAUGUA